GUACAACAAUCGAUCGGCGACGAGCACGUACGUAUACCGUACCCCCUCGAGCGUCGCGCGCGAUAGCGAUAUGAUGCAUAGGCUGCGCUUAAUUGUGAAUUCAUCAAUCAAUCAGAGCUAGAGGUUGUGGAAGUCGUGUUACGUUAAAAGGAACUGGUUGAGAAUUGUAAAGAUGAUCAUCAUGAAGGAAUAAUACAUUUUCUCUUACAAUAGUGAUCUUUGCUACCAGCAGUUUAUGGUUCACAGUAAAACUGUAGAAGCAGUAACUCAGUAUGCCAGAUGAAGAGAGUGAACAAUCUGGACCAGAGAGGGAAAGCCCAGCAUCGCAAGACCUGCCCCAAGCUGUCACCCAUCAGAGUACCAGCAGUCAAUGUGACCUUCAGAUAAUGAGUGAUACAGACACCAGUAAUGCUUCUAUCACAGCAGAGUCUGUAUCAUCUACUGACUACAAGCUAAGGAGAAGACCCAAAUCAACACCAAAUCAUUUCCGAACUCAGACGGCGCCACCACGUCUUCAAAGACAGAGGAAACCUUCCAAACCUUCUAAAUCAAGACAUCAACAAGGGAAUUCAGGAGAGGACAUAUCAGAAGUCUCAUCUGAAUCCUCAUCUUUAGAUCAAGCCUACUCUUACCGCAUCACCAGCCAAAUCUCUAAGGAUGCUCCAGGCUUCUACGAAUACCAUCGCCCUUACUCGGUCUAUCGGAAACCUCUACGGCGCCCUCUUAGUCUUCCCUCAGCGUUUGAUGACAGUGAGAAACUUCACCACCCUGGCCUUGAUCCCGGACAGAGAGAGUAUCUUUGGCACACUGCAAGCGUGUACAGCGUAGGCAAUCUCAAACAGCUUCAACAGAGGAGAUAUAAGCAGUCUCUAGAUCACCAGGUAGAGAUAGGUUUUCAUAGUAGGGAAGAGUGCGAUCGGUACUAUAGAUACUUGAUGAGGUCCAGAAAGAAACAGUAUGAAACUGAUACCAGUGUUUGGCGAUCCCCACCAAAGUUACCUGUCAGGCCCAAGUAUUUUCAGAGGAGACCUCGUGCUCAGGAAGAGGUUGAGGAGGCAAGGAAGGUCAACACCGGUUACUACAGAGGUCAAAGUUCAAAAGAGAAAGGCUCCAAGGAAAACUUGAGUGAUUCAAUGGAGAAGCUAAGUUUGUUCUACAGCACGGACCUCAAGAGAACUCUCCCAAGAAAACGCAAGGACAGUGUGGAAUAGACCGGUAAUAGUACUUAAUCAGGACUAGGUCAGACUUGUAAGAAAAACAAGUCUGUUUCACAGUACCAACCAUAUGAGAACUCUCCCAUGAAAUGCAAGGACAGUGUGGAAUAGAAGUGUAAAGGAACUAAAUCAGGCCUAAAUCAGCAGGGCCCUGGGAAUUUUUUUUUUGCAGGGGGUGCUGAAUUAAGAAAAAGAAAAUUUUCUCUUCAUAAUGAAUGUCAGUUUGAGAAGCCCCCCCCCCCAAAAAAAAAAAAUAAUAAUAAUAAAGAAAAAAAAAGGUUUCAACAAAAAAUGUUGGUCAUUUUCCUUACAUUUCUCCAAUUUGCCACACCUAUCAGAAUUCUAGGGAGUGCUGCCUUUGGAUAAUAAUAUACGCAGCACCCCCUGGGAAAAUCCACUUCCCAGGGUCAUGUAAGUCACACUCACAGAAGAACCUAGUCUGUUCCACAGUUUCAAUCAUGAACACUGGCAUAAAUUCAAGUGAUGAACCUAUUGUUCAGGGGAAUGGGGAUGAACUAUUGUUUCAUCUCCCCCCACUUGAAUAGUAUGACAUCAUGGAUUUACUCCCAUGACUGUGAGAGAAGGUCAUCUGGGUUAAAAGGUCAAAUAAUAUGAGGUCGUGUCCAUCCUUGAGUUUUUGGUUGGGCUUAUUUCUUUAUUUCAUUAAUUUUGAUCACACUUGGUACAUAUGAUCCUUGGGUAAUACCACAUGUGUGUUAAUGAGGAUGAUAAGGUGAAAGGUCUACUAGGGUUCAAAAGAUCAUAUUGCAUAUUUUAUUGAUCACGAUAUCAGGUGAGACUCGUGGUUCAUUAACCCUCUUGUUUUUUUUUUCUUGUUUUUUUUUCUUUAGGUCCUUCAGUCUUUCCAGCCUCCAAAAUACCCUUGGGGUGUUUUGCAAAGAUUUAAGUGUGACUUAUAGUUUUAUUUCAUUUUUCAGAUGCGUGCAGUGUAUAAGGCGACUGGGGACCUUUUUUUGUCAUUUGUUAUGAGAACAGACUAACACCCUCGCACUGUAUAUGGCCAACCAGCAGGCACAGGUUUUUUUGCGAAUAGACCCUGAAAAUCACAAGGAUUCCAUUGAAUACUGCUGGAACUUCUCUCGUUUUAUGUAAGUGCAAAAAUUAACCGAAACACAAAUGGCAGGUUACGAUCGGAGAUUUAACUGCUUCAUAGGUUACCACUUUGCAAAAUUGAAAUGAAUACAGGAGAGUUUAUUUAAAGGGUGAGACUUUCAGUCUUGCAUGUUUUGUUUCACACAUACAUUGUGAUCUUUGUGAUCAUUUUAGCGUGUGACGUCUUGAUUAGUCUAACAAGCCCUUAAAAAAUUUAAAAAUCUUAAAAAAACUGAUAGGUAAAGUGUGUAAAGACUCCUGUCAUGUUAUGUGCAAAACUGUGACUUUUGUGUGAUUUACCGGCAUGCAAAAUAACAAAGUGUAGACCCUACUCUUUAUAUAUUAGAGGACGCGUUUUUACUAAAGUACUUAGACCAUGAUAGAGCGCCGUGACGUGAUUACAUGAGUAAACGUUGCAAGCCGUUCAGGCGGGUCAGCCCUAUUCAGGUCAACUCUUUUUCUUAACCUAAUAAACCACCCCAGAACUGAUUGUAGUGUCUAUGUCUCUAAGAUGAAUCCAUACUUUGAAAAAUUCCUACAUUAUGAACCAUGUUAGAAAUCAAUUGUAAAAUGUAUUCUUAUUUUUCCAUAUCAUAUUGCCAUGAAUUUUAUGUGCCUUGGACAUUUUGAUCAUGCCAUACUCAGAAAAAUUCAAAUUUUAAAAAACCAUGUCAGAAAUCGAAUGUGAAAUAUAUUCUUAUUUUUCUAUUUUGUGUUGCUGUGAAAUAUAGGAUAAUUAUGUGCCUUGGACAUUUUGAAAUAGAUUAAAGUGCCUACAGUAUAAAUGUAGUCCAUGUUCUGUGUAAAAUGCAUGUUUGAUUUUUUUUUAUAUAGAAGGUGAACAUGUACUGUAUGUUCAUAGACAUUUUUUCAUGGCCUUAUUCUGUUCUUAAUUUAUUGCUAAUUUGCUAUCCUAUUUGAGUGUCCAUACAUGUAGGAUGUCCUGUUUUUUUUUUUUUUUUUACAAUUAUUGAGUCCAUGUAGACAUUUUAAAAUGCAAUUCUACAAGGUAUUUUUUUUUUAUUUUUUUUAUUGUUUGUAUGCAUCCAAACAGUUAUUCUGAAGGCCCUCUCACAUACAUAUAUUGAUAUUAAAAUGAUAAUGGUAGUGAUAAAUAAUAAUUAUUGAAAGUGGGCUCAUAUACAGUGUUUGACUACCUAUAAUUGUCAUAUGUGAUACCCCUGUCACUCCACUGCAUCAUCAUCCCAGUCUUAUGAAGGUCCUCCCAACCCUCAAAAUUACCUUCUUAUUGUAGCAUAUUUUAGCAGGACUUGAAACAAAUCAAAUAGAAUGUUUUUGUAUCAGCAACAGUAUAUAUGUCUACAAGGAACUUUGAUAUACCCUUACCUUCUAUGAUUUACACAUUUAGAUACAAUUAAGGGUAAACUCAUUCAAUUGUAUUUUCAUUGCAUGGUUUGCUAUUAUAGGCAUAUAAUUAUAAUUGAAAUAAUGAUAGAUGCAUAUUGUACACAGACAUGUAGGGCAAAGAUCUAUACUCUGCACUCAGAACCAGUGUAUUUUCCCUUCUUGUUGUAAAUAUUGAUACAGACGUUUAAAACAGUAUUCAUCUUUUUUUUUUUCAAUUUUCCAAAGAAUAAUUGUAUAGAGAGAAUCUAUUUUGAAUAGAUAUGAGGUUGUAUAUGAUACACCACAUUUUGUUCCAGGAAAAUUAAAUGCAGAUUAGAUAUUUUCUGAA